GCCAGGAAACCAACUGCUUUCGUCAUUCGUAACUACUCGCCUCUUUCCGUGACUUACAAGAAGUUACGAAUGCUGCUUUCGUGUCCGCCUUGCAUUUGCAAAGGGAAGUAACUCCGCUGUAUCGCCUUGUAAUUCAUGCUGUCAACAAACAACCAUUAUCUCACCCUGUUCCGUGACCUAAAAAGAUAACAGAGACCAUAUUAUAUGGUCUCUGAAAGAUAACAACGGAACGGACAGGUACAGCAGAUUACGCAAUACACUGAAGUUGUUACACCGGGCUAAAGCGAGGCAUAGCGUAUAAGGGCUUGUGUUUGGAUCGUGACACAGUUGUUACACCUGUCACCGAACCUUCUCAACAGAGAGCGAUUUCCACACGAUCGAACAAGCAAGUGUCCCUCAUUCAAGAUCUUUCGCAAUACGGAUGAAUAUGUGUUUAUGAAGAAGUGUAAAUCCAGUAUAUCCUUGUCUAUAGGUCAGUAGACGCUUUGUAUCGGUAAAGCGGAAAUGGCUUUGAAAUUCACUCCUGUUGUGUUGACGGCGAGGCAAGCUAGACUUGCAAUGGGCUUCUGUAGAGGAAAAGCGACAACAGUGACUUCGCAACCAGACAUGCAUGAAGCCAAGCCGAUGUCACAAAUCCCCGGCCCAAAAGGAUUGUCAAUGAUAAGCAGCACCUUCCAGUCGGCCACUAAUGCUGCGGCAUCUCACAAAUGGAUCCAAGGGAGGCAUGAAGAAUUUGGACCAAUCUUCAGGGAAAGGAUGGGAGUUAUGGAUCUCGUCUUUAUAUCCGACGCGGACGCUGUCGAACAGUUGUUGAGACAGGAUGGGAAAUACCCGGAGCGAUUACAAAUUCACCAUUGGUUGGAUUACCGGAAGAGGCACGAGAUCCCAACAGGGCUGUUCAUGUCAGAUGGACCUCACUGGCAUCGACUCAGAAGGGUCAUAGAUAAACCUAUGCUGAAAAUCCGAGCUGUCAACUCCUACGCCGUAGAGUUCAAUGACGUUGUUGCCGAGUUCAUUGCCCGGAUGCAUCGUGUGCGGAGUUCAGAUAAUUCCAUACCGGAUCUUGCCGAAGAGCUGUUUGGUUGGAGUGUUGAAUCUAUUGGCCGACUCUUGUUUGAGAAGAAACUGGGCUGCUUGUCCGACCAGCGUGACCAAGAGACCCAAGCCUUCAUUGACAGCGUCCAUGCAGUGUUUGAGAGCACCAGGGAAAUGAUUUUCCUUCCGCCAUGGGGAGCUCGGAUAUUCAUGCGAGGUGUUUGGAAACGGCACGAUGAGGCAUGGAACACUAUAUUUAGAGUCGCAAACGACAUAAUAGGCACCAAACUGCGGGAGAUCCAGGAGAAGGGCGCCGAUGGUUCUGAGGUGGGGUUUCUUGCCAGCUUCCUUGAAGAGAACUCGCUCUCCACAGAUGAGAUCUACAGCAACGUGUCCGAGCUCUUAGGUGCUGCCAUUGACACGACUUCUAACACCACCCAGAUGAUUCUGCAGGAAGUUGCCAGCAAUCCCCAGGUUCAGAGUAGACUUCUGGAGGAAGUGAACAGAGUUGUGCCCCCUGACCAGCAACCAACUGCAGAGCAUCUGAAAGAUAUGCAUUACUUGAAGGCGGUCAUUAAAGAAACUCUCAGGAUGUACCCUACCGCUGCCGUUGUAUUUCGGAACCUGCAGCAGGAUGCCACCAUUCUAGGUUACUCUAUACCUAAAGGGGUUUCCAUGUGUGUUCAUCUCUAUGCUCUGGGGCGUCAUCCCAAAUACUACGAACAUCCAGACGAGUUCCGACCAGAACGUUGGCUCAGGGACGAAGGCAACAAGAAGAUACACGCGUUCGCCUGGUUGCCUUUCGGGUUUGGACCUCGGAUGUGUGUAGGGCGGCGUGUUGCUGAACUUGAAAUGCAGUUGCUCAUAUCACAGCUUGUUCGGAAGUUCCACAUUGAACCAUUGUCUGACAAACCGAUGGAGAUGAAGACGAACCUUCUCCUGAUGCCUGUACAUCCGGUUGAAAUACGCCUUGUAGACAGAGCCUAGUCUGAAACUACACACGACAAACACAUGUGGUUUGUAAGCCAUGUAUAGAGAGAGCCUUGUCUGGCAGCGUAGUGGGCUUGGAAGCGUUGACUCGUCACGUCGAAGACACGAGUUUGAUUCCCAAAAUGAUUACAAUGCCACAAAUGCACACUGACACCAUAAAUCCGUCGACAAUUGUUAUAAUGAGUACAGUUCACGCUCGUUCCGUGAUUGUUCCACGACAAAGGUUGUAACUGACUCCCUCACUCAUAUAUUCAUAUAUAAUGCACCUCACACUAUCGAGAUUUACACCUGAAGCAGAUAUAAAGGCUAUGCUAUGCUGAUAUGUUUGGUUUAAAAACAAUAUAUUGCACAGGCAGAACAGCAGCUACGUUUCUCAAACUGAUCAUGGCAUCUACUUGCAUUUUGUAUUGGGAAUAAAAUAUUGGCGUUU